AUGCCACCCCAAGAAGCCCCAGAUAUCAGCGAGCUAAGUAUCGCCCGCUUUCACACGGCACUACGCGAAGGCACAACGACCUGCGAAGCAGUCGUGGACCGAUACCUAACCCGAAUCGCGCAGUACGACAGCACACUCAAGACCCUAAUCCGCGUGAACGAAAAUGCCAAAAGCGAAGCAGCAACAAAAGACAAGGAAACACGCCAAUACCAAGAAACCAACCAACGCUUCCCAGCCGGACGUCUCCAUGGAGUCCCCCUCAUCGUCAAAGACAACUUCAGCACACGGGACCUCCCCACAAGCGCAGGCGUGCGCGCUCUACAGACGCUACAGACCUACGACGAUAGUAAAGCUGUAGCGCUCCUCCGCGACUCCGGAGCCAUCAUCCUCGCCAAGGCGAAUCUGCACGAGCUCGCGUUGCAGGGGACGACGACGUCUUCGCUUGGCGGGCAGACGCUCAACCCGUACGAUCUGGGACGCACGCCUGGCGGGUCCUCUGGCGGGACGGGGGCGGCGCUGGCAGCCGAUCUGGGGCUUGUGGGGUGCGGCACCGAUACGGUGAACUCGUUGCGGUCGCCGGCGUCGGCGUGUGCGGUUGUUGGGUUCCGGCCGGCGCGUGGGAGCGUGUCGGGCCGGGGUGUCGUGCCGGUCUCAGAGACGCAGGAUGCGGCGGGGCCUAUGGCACGCAGUGUGGCGGAUGUGCGGAUAUUGUAUGAAGUGAUGGCGGGUCGCGACAACCCUCAGACGAUGCCUCUGCGUAUACGUGAGGCUAAGGCUAGACAGGAGCAUCCAUGGCGCGUCGGGGUCGUGGAGGCAUAUUUCGAGCUGGAGAGCAGCAGCGGCAGCAGCGACGAUAACCCCGAUCUCGUCACCGAAAGCACCACUGUUCAAUCAACAAUCCGUACGGCGCUGGCUGCCGUCCAGGAACGAGGUGAUAUUACUCUCAUCCCAAUCGACACAGCAAGCCACGGAGACUGGAGCGUCGCCACACUCCUCGUAAACGCAGACACGCAAUCCUUCGAGUUCCAGGAGUGUCUAGACAGCUUCCUGCAAUCAGCACAAAUCUCAACGAUGCCGCAUUGCUCACUAGCAUCUAUUGCCGCCAGCGGCGAGUACGAGCCGCGCGCUGUGACAGAUGCGUUUACCGCGCCGCUGGACGACCCCGGGACAUUCUGUCUUUCUUCAGCGGCGUACAAGGACAGACUUGCGAAUAUCGCGUCGCUAAAAGAGUCUGUAAGCCGCUGCUUUGAGGAGUACGGUCUCGAUGCGCUGGUGUAUCCGCAUCAGAGGCAUCUCGUGGUGCCUACCGGGACGAUGGCACAGCCUGGGCGGAAUGGGGCAUUGGCGGCGUUGACAGGGAGACCUGCUAUUUGUAUUCCGGCCGGGUUCAGCCCUGCAACUUCAACGGCACCUCGCGGCGUCCCGAUUGGGCUGGAAUUGAUGGGACGGGACGUGGUAGAUGACGAGCUACUUGGUCUUGCGGAGCAUUUUGAGAGAAUUCUUCAGGCGAGGAGAGCACCAGACCUGAGUGGUGUUGACAAAAAACCGAAUAUAGAAGCGAAAUGUAGAUGGUUGUAUAUCGGAUUGAUGUCUAUGUGCGAGCAACCCAAGAUCUUCAGAAAAUGCAAACCCAAAUAUUCAGCCAGAAAGAUGAAAAAGGCAGAGCAACGGAUCAAUAUAUCAAUCCGAGGUGUGCACACACCAAGACACACGAUGUAUCCGCUGCAAGAUAAAACAAACGCUUUCUAUUCACAUGGAAACUAA